AUGAAUCUGUAUCUUAGAUCGAGCGAGUUACUCGAUGCCCUUGGCCUGGCAGACGAGCUCGCGCAGGAAUGUUUUGCUUGCCGUGGAACGGUGUCGUAUGACGCUAAUCUGGUCGAAGUCCUGGGACAAGCUUGGUCUUUUAUGUGGAAUAUGAAGGAUACGCCAUGGAAAUUUGCUCUAGUCUUGGGGCAGAAGUAUCAGGAGGAGAUCUUCCAACGAGGACUGAAGGAGCUUGGCGUUGGCUUGGAGACUCUCGUCGAGUUGAAUAGUACGGUUGAUGACAGCUUUAACCAAUCACGGGGGGGGGGGUCGGCAUUGAAGAAACGAUCGUAUAUAAGUACAUGGUUUGAGUCGAUGGAGGGAGGUUGUUCGUUCGACGAGCUCUGGAGAGUCUACGGUGCCUUCGAAUCACCGACACAUGGCAAUGUUUUGUGGGCUGCGAUGGACCAUGGAGUUUCUCGGAUUGGACCAGCUUUCAUAGCUGGGCGUCGGAAGGCCUAUCUUGAAUUCAACAAGGAGGCUGCUGUUGCAGAACCUAUUGCGUCCGUCAGACCAUUCAACUUGGAAUUCAAGCACGUCGGUUGGUGGACCAUCUACUCGAGAUUUUUGGCGAUGCAGCUGCUUCUACACCGGCAGGAUGACCCAGACGCAGAUCCGACUGAGGUUCUGGAUAUUGCUAUGGAGGAAGCUGCAUCUUUUACCUCUGGCUUGAGCAUCGCAUUCGACUACAAAAUAUUAAAUUCAAGGAAUCUUUGA